CCGGGUCACCUUGCGGCCAUUUGUACAUUAGCCUCUUGACACCGGGGACGUGUGCGUUCGAUUGCCUCUGUUCUGAUUAAGUUUCGAAGACAGCAAGAUGCCAACCGGGGUGCCUAUGCGGUAUCCAUACUCGCUGUCAGCAAAACUGGCAAGAUUUCCUUACAAGUGGUUUUGGAAUAACAGCCGCUUUGUACGCUUUCUGGGAUUGAGUUUAGUUCUCACAUUUCCAAUCUUCUAUAAAAUACACAGAGGAGUCAACUCACCAGCAAACAAACAGCAAUGGGCUGAGAUCAGAAAGAAGCGAGAUCACACCCAUUUUGACCCUCCUUCCGCUGGCCACCAUUGACGUCUCUGUCUCUAGUAUUGUCAUCCAGAUGUUAAAGCAGAUGUGUGCGAGUUGAACCUGCCAGUGACAUUAUAUAUCUUUUCUUUUUCAGACAGAUUUAUUCUGUCUGGAGUGUUCUAUGUGCUAAUUUUCAACUAGAAUUAAACAAUAUCCAUGAAA